AUCUAUAAGAGUGAUUUCGUUGAAGUUAUAUUUAUAGCAAUCGGUCCUCUUUGGACCACAUGUUAUAACCUCUUUGAUAGUUUCAUUUAAUUUAUGUUGUUACUUUGUUAGAAAAAUUUAUCUGCCUUAAAAAUGGGUAAAAAGGGGAAGAUUGGAAAACAGAGGAAGGAUAAAUAUUAUCAAUUAGCCAAGGAAACUGGUUACAGAUCACGUGCUGCUUUCAAGUUAAUUCAACUUAAUCGUAAAUUUGAGUUUCUUCAAAAAUCUCGAGUAUGUAUAGAUUUAUGUGCAGCACCUGGUGGAUGGAUGCAAGUAGCACGACAAAAUAUGCCAGUGUCAUCUAUAGUUAUUGGCGUAGAUUUGUUUCCAAUAAAACCAAUACCUGGUUGUAUAAGCUUGGUUGAAGAUAUUACAACGGACAAGUGCAGAGUAGCUAUCACUCGUGAAUUAAAGACUUGGAAAGCAGAUGUGGUUCUGAACGAUGGAGCACCUAACGUUGGAAAAAAUUGGCUCCACGACGCGUAUCAACAAGCCGUUUUAACGUUACACGCUGUUAAAGUAGCUACACAAUUUCUGAGACCUGGUGGAUGGUUUGUUACUAAAGUAUUUAGAUCAAAAGAUUAUAAUCCAUUGAUAUGGGUAUUUAAACAAUUGUUCAAGAAGGUACAUGCAACAAAACCUCAAGCUUCUCGUAGCGAAUCAGCUGAAAUUUUUGUGGUCUGUCAAUAUUAUAUUGCGCCAGACAAGAUAGAUCCUAAAUUUUUAGAUCCAAAAUACGUAUUCUCAGAAUUGCAAUUAGAACCUACAAAUAAACUCAAUGUAUUCCAUCCAGAAAAGCAGAAGAAGCAAAAGGCUGAAGGUUAUCCGGAAAAUGACUACACAUUGUAUCAUCCGGUUUCUGUAAAAGACUUUAUUAAAUAUGAAAACGGAAUAGACGCUUUGCAGAAUACAUCUGAAAUUUUAUUAGACGAUGACGAAAUCGCGAAUCACGAGAAGACAACGAAAGAAAUUAAAGAAUGUUGUAAAGAUAUUAAAGUACUCGGUCGGAAAGAUUUGCGUUUAUUACUUAAUUGGUGGAAGGCUUUAAGGGAAAUAUUUGUUGAAUCAAAAUCCGAAUCUAACGAUGUUACGGAAGAAACGACGGAAGAUUCCACAAAAUCUCUAACUCUUGAAGAACAAGAAGAUCUGGAGGAUGAAGAAAUUAUGAAGGAAAUAGAAAAAGUUCGAGAAGAGGAAGAAAGAGAAUUGAAACGGAAAAAGAAGAGGGUAAACAAAGAAAGACAAAAAUUAAACGAACGUUUGAAUCUUAAAAUGAUUCACAAGGGAGACGAGGGACCUAAAUUAGAAGGAGACGACAUGUUCAGUUUAACACAAAUUAAAACUCAUGAGGCAUUAGCAACCGUUACCGAUCAGAGUCCCGAUGUGGUAGUAGAAAGCGAUCAUGAUUCUGACGAAGAACGUAGAGGAAAACCGAAGAAGAUAACGUAUGAAAAGGAUAAGGGACAUUUAGAUAGUUCUGGAUUGUAUUACAAGUCGGAGGAUAGCGAUUCAGAAAAAUCCGACGAUGAAAGUACAAAUAGCGAAAAAUCAGGAUUAGGUUUUAGUUCAUCCGAAGACGAAGAAGGUAGGAAUGCUAAGAAGAAAAAUCGAAAAAAUACUAAAAUCGAAGACGAAGAAGAAACUAAUCCUUUGAUAACCGAUCUCGAUUACAGAGAUAAAAAAACUAAGAGAAUUCACAAAGCUCAGUUAUGGUUUGAAAAGGAUGUGUUUAAAAAUUUGGAGGAUGAGAAGGACGAGGACUUUGAAUUGGAUAAGAUGAUAGAGAAUUAUAAGAGAAAGGGUGGGAAAAUUGUGGGAGAGGAGAAGGAGCAAAUGGAGAAAGAAGAAGACGAUACUGACGCGGGAUCGAAUUAUGCGAGCGACGAUACAGACUCUAAUUACGAUGUGGAAGAGAUGAUGGCGCCGAAUAAAAAAGUAAAAAAGAUAGGUGGUAAGGAUGGAUACGAAGUGGUGUCGAAAGAGCAAAGUAAUGAAAAAUUAAAGAAGAGGAAAUUAUCGGUUCAAGAUCUGGCAUUGGGUUCUUUAAUGGUACAAUCUAAGAAGGCUCGACGAGAUUUAAUCGACGGUGCUUGGAACAGAUACGUUUUUAACGAUACUAAUUUGCCAGAUUGGUUUGUACAGGACGAGGAAAAGCAUAUGAAGAAAGAAGCUCCUGUACCGAAGGAACUGGUAGAAGAAUAUGAAAAGAGAGUAGAGGAUCUGAACGUUAGGCCGAUCAAAAAGGUUUUAGAAGCUAAGGCAAGGAAAAAGAAACGUGCGAUGCGCAAAUUAGAAAAAGCUAAGAAGAAGGUUGAAGCUUUAAUGGAGAGUACAGAAAUAAGUGAACGUGAGAAAGCGCGACAAGUUAAAGCCAUAUACAAGAAAGCUAAUAAGGAGCCAAAGAAGGAAGUAACGUAUGUAGUCGCGAAAAAACAUACUUCUCAAAAGAGAGCGGUAAGGCCCCCUGGCGUAAAAGGCAGAUACAAAAUAGUAGAUCCUAGAAUGAAGAAGGACAUGCGUGCGACCAAGGCAAAGGAAAAGACAAAAGGACGAAGUAAAAAAAAGAGUCGUGGUGGUGGAAAACCUCCCAGAGGGAAGCCUAAAGUAUCAAAAGGCAAAAAGUUUAAAUAAUGUUGUCCUUUAAUAAUUUUUCUCUUUUAUAUGGAUGUACGAAGAAAAAACAAAAAAAAAACAAAAGAACAGAAAGAAAGAAGUUCUUCGUAAUUAACCCAAACAAAUAUGAUUACAAUAAUGGACGACGCGUAUUUGUUUGUAUUGUACAGUUGUUUUUAAGAACAAGAGAAGUCAUAGACGUAUAAAAGGACGGUCUUAAAAUACGCUUGGAAGGCAAAGCGUAAUUUCAGAGUAAUAUAGACGCACAUUAUAUAUAUAUAUGUAUAUAUAAUGUUCAUAUGUACAUAUACACAUAUACAAAAUAUAUUACAUAUGUAUAUUUACAUAUAAAUCAGCGAGUGUCAACAAGUUAUGCGUAUUACGUACGAUAUGCAAAAUGUUUACUUUCAUUCCGGAUACCUACUUAACCUUAUCUUUUUUAACCUUAUCGUUCUUUGGCUCGACACAGAGAGGGGCCAGACGAGACUUCUUAAUCUGCGCGUUUUCGUUUAAUAAUUAAUUAGAUUUUUUGUAAUAUUAUAUGAUUUAAUAAUUAAUUAGAUUCUUUGUAAUAUUAUACGAUCAGGGUUGUCAACGUUUUUGUUCCUGUCCCGUCGAAGUAUACACCUAUAUUUAAUAAAUUAUAUGCCGGAGGACCGAUACUCCUGCCGGCAUUCGGUUAAAAUCCGACCUUGUUUUAUUUCAGGCAACUCUCGUAAGUACGUAUCUGCGUAUAUAACGAUUCUACGUAGAAAUAUAGGAUCAACAACAUAUCUGUAUAAUGUGUCGCGUAGACGUCAGCAUGUUUUUUCUUUCUUUUCUUUUCUCUUUUUUUUAAUUUCUUUCUCCAAAAAUCUAAGGAUCCAUCCUUGAUUCAUCGCUCUUUCAAGUUUUUGCGUUACAUUACCAACUUUUUAUAUCGCAUAUAAAAACAACUUUAAAAACGUUCGCUCGUUUACCGUCCGAACGAGUUCGAUAUUCCUAUCGAAUGGCAAUCUCGAUCGAGCAGCGAGAAUCGAAUUGCAAUUAAAAAUAAUCGAUUCAAUUAAAAGAAAUCGAAGGAACUCCGUUAAGUUGGCGUGGUGCGAUCAUUUACUACGAUAGAUCGCAUCGAACUACGUUCGAAACGACUCGAGAAAGAUUCACCGAUAACAACGCAACGACAACGACACGACGAUAUUAAGACAUGAUAUCUAAGCCACCCACCUGUCUAUCGUUGCUCGUUGCCAUUUUCAUAUUCGGCCCUCUUGUCAUCCUUUAUUCACCCCACUCAGUUUUUCUGAUCCCCUCCUUUAACCCUGCAUCCUCGAUCUUUCGCUCUUCGUCAUCCUCCACCACCCCACCUCUUCCUAGUCAACUGUUUACCCCUCUUUACCCCUCUUUACCUCUUGCUCGAUAGAGGGGGGAGAUCAUUCUAUCCCCUUCCUCCUCUUCGUUCUAUUCCUUCUCCUUCCCCUCCUCUUCCUCCUCCUUCACCACCUUCCCCCCUCCUCCUCCUCCUCCUCCUACUUCUACUACGACGGUUGCAUCGAACAUUCUGAUGCAACUGUGGCCUGCGUAGCGUCGGGACGCAGCGGUCGAUGUCAAGGACAAGGCCGAUAGGUGCUAUAACGAUUCCGCGCGACGUUCCGCGUGCGGUUCGACACGCGCGCUUUUAUAUGUUGUAUAUGUCGUAUAUAUUGUCAUUCGAGAAAGCGCCGUAGAAAUUUACCGGGCCGUCGGCCAACUGUGCGAUUCUCUUUCUCUGUCUCUCUUUCUCUUUCUCUUCUUCUUUCUCUUCUCUUUCUCUCUCUUUUUCUCGAUCGAUCUUGAACGUGUCUCUUUCUUUCUCUCACUUGUCUCUCAUUCAAGAGAUAGAGAGAGACAGAUAAGAGUCCUUGUCCUUUCUUUCUUUCGUCUUCCUUUUCUUUUAUUUCGUUUUUCGUCGUUAGGAGGACCACAUUCGUACGACGUCAAAAUCGUCACACUACUUUCCCCCUCCCCCUUCUACUUUUAGUCUCCGAACGAUAAAAUAAAUGGCUGAACUCGCGCUGUGAUGCAAUCCGCGUUGCGUCGAGACGCUGCAACGGGCAAUGUCAAGGACACGGCUGACGGCAUGCACGAGAGAGGGAAAGAGAGAGUGAACGGAUGAGUUUGUGUGUGUAUGAGAGAGAGAGAGAGAAAGUGUAUCUGUGUGUGUACGAUGCACGCAAAAUUUAUUUCUAUGGGGUUAUGUACGGUGUAGAGAAAAAGUGAACAUGCAGAGACGCAGAAAGAAAAUAGGAAUUAUGAAACAUUGAAAAGCGAUCGACAACAAGUGG